AUGACACCAUCUAAAUACAAUUCUUCGCGGCCCCACCCUCCAUCUCGCCCCUUUCCUCGACAAUUCCCUCUGCAACAUGCGCCUUCACUCGUUGGCGCACACCCAGUAACCUCCCCGAUGUCUCCCAAGCGGCCUGUCAAAAAUCCUUCCGACCGUGGCGAGUCCUCGAGUAGUCGCCAUGGCCACACCCCCGAUGCCUUCACACCACGCCACCACAUGGGCCCAGGCUACAUGACUGUAGGCUCUGGCAGCACUCCGGAAGCCACUGCACGCCUUGUCUCGAUGUUGGACGAAGACUCUGGCUAUGGAGCAAGCCUUGCAGAGGGGGAGGGUGCUAACCUCCCCACGCCUAUACUCAACGGCGAGUCGAGCUUUUCGGAGCACGACAGACAACGCAGCCAUGUCCUGCAACUCCGCUACAACCAGAACAAGAAUGCGCUGGGUCGGGCCAUUCACGGCACCAUCGACACCCUGAAGACCUCUCAAGAGAUGAACCUCAAGUGGCCUGCUCACUACCCCUCGGUGCAAGUCGAGACCCAAAGGUCACAUCUGCGCACUGAUUCUCGGCCUGGCCUACAGCACACGCAACCCGCCAUAGGCGGCGACUUUGAGCCGAGCCUGCGCUCACCCGACCGACCGCGUCCCCCGCGCAGGACUGGAACAACUGUGGGGGAUGAGCCAGUCGCAGAGUCAAGUUCUGCCGCUGCUGCGAAGGAGACGAAAGUGGAGCCCCGCUUGGUCACGCCAAAACUGGCCCAUGACUUUUCCGUCCUCAAGCUUGAAUUACGCAUGGGGGGUCGCAACCAGACCGACUUGGUGCAUUCGCUAGAAAAGAGCUCCAUCGCCUCCUUGCUCGACGGCCAAAUCCAGCAAAGCAAAAAGCAUCUCUACUCGAUCAAAGAACGUAUUCAGGACACCUCCAGCAAAGUGCUUGUUACUAGAGACCUCAAUGCCGGGAAGUCGACCUUCUGCAACGCCCUACUCCGGCACAAAGUCCUACCGGAGGAUCAACAACCCUGCACAAGCAUAUUCUGCGAGGUCCUUGACUUCAGAGAGAACACGUACAUUGUCUUCGCCUUGGAAGACCUAGAAAAGAUUGUCGUCGGCAAUGGGCAUUUUUCCCAAUGCAAGAUCUACAUCAAGGACAUCCAAGAUGUCGAUGAAUCCAUUCUUAACCAUGGAGUCGUCGACAUUGCCUUAAUUAAUGCACCUGGCGAGGAGAUUGACGUAGUCGUUUUCGUUGUUUCAGCGGCAAACCACUUCACCAAGUCUGCCAAAAACUUCAUCUUCAGCGCAGCUCAAGAAAAGGCGUAUAUGUUCAUAGUAGUCCAUGGCUUCAAUACGAUCCGUGACGUGCCCCUUGAAGGUUUGCGAUCUAGUCAAGUUGCAUUGUACCGAACAAAAAGUCGGAGACCAUGA